AUGUUUGAUCAGAACACUUCUUUUGGCAGCCAAUCGCCACUCUCCAGACAACAACCGCUUCGAGAUAAUGGAGUCAACGGCGCAGCAGCAGCAGCAUACUUGGGAGGAUCAGCCCUUAGCAUUAAUACCGACAUGAAUCUCGAGCAAAUCCUUCUCGAGCUUGACCGGUUAAUACGUACAUCGGGGAUUACCACUUGUGCACUUCUUCCACCCAACCACGACAUAUGUCUACGCAUGCGCCAAAUCCCGCUUAUCAUAUCGCAAAGCAUGACCCCUAUGCAGACCAUGCUCACCUUUGUGGAAAAAGUCGUCUACAUGCUGUACAAGAGCAACACCAACUUUGCAUUUGAAGCGUAUACUGGUUUCCUACAAUCCCUAUUUGAGCUCUCGAGCGAGGUGGAAAAAGAAACGUUGUCAUGGAUCGUGUAUGCCAAUGACGAGCGUAAAUUCAAUGCACCGGUGAUGGCAAUGAUGAUCAGGCACGAAAUGAUCCCUCUUGAAGAAUACGACAUUCAACUUGCCAAAGCGAUUCGCAAGUCAGGCGAAGAAAAAGUGAUCCAAUACGCCGUUGAUUUACUUGGCAUGUGCCUCUUGUCUCCCAGUCCAAUCACUUUUAUGGAGGAUCAUGCUCUUACAUUGGCAGCGCUACAUGAAAUACAAGAUCCACCUUCAAGCGUAUCCAUGUUGAUGACCGAGUUGAAACGCAUCGUAGAGUCACCGUACAAGUCUAUUGAAAAGAAUGCGAUGGAUUGCAUGGAAAUGAGAAUGUUGCUCGCUGAAUGGGCAAGGCUUUGUCAAUAUCCGGUUCCCAAUCAACGUAUAUUCAGGCAAUUGGCAAAAAAGGCGUUGCAAUUGACCAAAGACACGGAGGGCCAAAGCUUCUUUUUCCGAUUAUGUACCGAGACAUGCAUUGAUCAUUUCUUAUCUUUCAAGUCGUUGAGCUCGUCAUUUCAAAAGCGUGCCAUCCAUUUGAUUGAUUCAUACGCCAAGUUGGUUGCAUACAUGAUCAGGACCGAGUCACGUGAUGGAGAUACGGGCAAGGUGGCAGUUGGCAGUCGUGCACUUUCGGUGAUGAUUCUUCUCUUGUCACAGCAUCAUGAGACGCGGGGAAUGAAUUUCAAUCAAAAAGCCUUUAUGAGGAUAUUGUCAUCGCUGUACGCUGAAUUGAGCAAGAUCAGGAACCUGGUGGUACACGCAGGACUAUUGGAAGCCUAUAGUGACGCGUUGUACAUGCUUCAACCCAACAACUUUCCUGGAUUUGCCUUUUCUUGGUUACAAUUGAUCUCGCAUCGGACAUUUAUGCCACAGCUGCUCGCUGGCAAUGAUCGACAAACCGGAUGGAUGAUUUGUGAGAAAUUAAUGCUGGCACUCCUCAAGUUCCUUGGUCCAUUACUCGAUCGCAACAUCUUGGAAAAGUCGACACGUUUAUUUUAUCGUGGGACAUUGCGUUUUCUUGUCGUUCUGCUGCAUGAUUUUCCCGAGUUUCUUUGUGAACAUUACAUGGUGUUUGUUCAAGUCAUACCCCACUCAUGCAUACAACUACGCAAUCUUGUGCUCAGCGCCUUUCCUCGUAUCAUGCAUUUGCCAGAUCCUUUCACCCCUGAUUUGAACAUGGAUCGGAUACCUGAAUUCAAGCAAGAGCCUCUCUUGGUCAAGAGUUAUAUCAAAGAACUGAAUACGGAUUUCAAGAGUGCCAUCGACAAGUUUGUGCAAGAUCGGAACGAAGCAUUCCAUGGAUUGGCUCAACAACAGCUAAUCACAGAGCGUCCUGAUACCAUGGGUGCCUUUGUCCUUUACAUUGGGUCCAAGACUGCAUCAAGUGAUGAAUCAAUCGAAAAGCUACCAGCCAUCAUUGCCUACAAGCGAUUAUUGAAAGUUUUGCCGCCUGAAGGCUGCUAUGCUCUCUUGAAUGCCAUUGCAGAUCAGCUACGGUACCCCAAUAGCCAUACACACUUUUUCAGUCAAGCAGUGCUCCAUUUAUUUGCUACACAACCAGAGGAGAUGAAGGAACAAGUGACGAGAGUGCUGUUGGAGCGAUUGAUUGUAAAUCGUCCACAUCCUUGGGGCUUAUUGGCAACGUUUAUUGGAUUGAUCAAGAGUCCUGGAUUUUGGGAUCAUGAAUUCAUUCGGUGCGCUCCCGAUAUUGAACGUCUUUUUGACAAUGUCUCUCGUUACAUUAAGCGGACUGCAUAA